UUAUUUUCCCAAUUAAGAAUACGAUAGUUCGAAUUUCAUAGCAGUUUGGAGCAGGACAUAGUUCAAUCUUCGCCCUUAAGCAGUCUCUGAGAGUGGGUUGCGAAUUGCAAUGGCGUCCUCGAAAGGUCCAGGAGGAGCGGCUGCGGCGGCGGCGGCAGCGGCAGCUGAGUUAGAGAAAUUGAGCGUGGAGCAACUGAAAGCUGUGAAAGAGCAGACCGAUCUCGAAGUCAACCUCCUCCGAGACAGCCUCAACAACAUCAAAACCGCCACCGCCCGCCUCGGCGUCGCCUCCACUGCCCUUAGCGAUCUCUCUCUCCGCCCCCAAGGGAAGAAAAUGUUGGUUCCUCUAACGGCGUCGCUUUAUGUACCGGGUACUCUGGAUGAUGCUGAUAAGGUUUUGGUUGAUAUUGGGACUGGGUAUUAUGUGGAGAAAACUAUGGCAGAAGGAAAGGAUUACUGUGAGCGUAAAAUAAACCUGCUACAGUCCAAUUAUGAUCAGCUUCUUGAUGUGACGACUAAGAAGAAGAGUAUUGCUGAUGAAGCUAGUGUUAUCUUACAAGCCAAAUUGCGGCAACUUGCCUCAACACCGUAAAACAUAAUGUACGCCUAUUCAUAUAUGGACUGUUUCAAUGUUACAAGGGGAAGUAGAACAUUAACAGUACAAUUGCAUGUUUUAAGAUCACAUCAACUUCCCCUUGUUCUUUGAUUUGAUUGGGAUACAGAAACUUAUCUAGAUAUUUUUCUGGUUUGAUGUACUAUUUAAAACAAAUGGUUCGGUGUCACAUCAUUUCAUUUUGGUCUUCCAUUUUGUAGAAAAGAGAUUAAUAGAUUAUGUUCUUGACUUCUUCACUUAGAAA